GUCAUCUUUACCGGAAGCUGAAGAGGGAAAAUCAGUGGAGUCGCGUUGGCAUUUUCAUCCGCCGACUCUCGAGCGUACGGGAGGUGCCGAGUCUGUUAGCUGGUCUGAGGAAUAGGACAUGAUAAGAUCCCUACAAUGGACACGGAGAUGAUGCAGAAAUUCACUUCAAAAGACGAGGAAAUCGAUUACUGGAAGAGUUUGUCUCUCAAAUACAAGAAGAGUUGUCAUGAUGCUCAAGAGGAGUUGCAGGAGUUUCAGGAAGGCAGUCGGGAGCUGGAGGCCGAGUUGGAGGCUCAGCUCGGUCAAGCGGAGCACCGCAUCCGAGAUCUGCAGUCUGAGAAUCAGAGACUAAAGAACGAAGUGGAAACACUCAAGGAGAAACUGGAGCAGCAGUAUGCACAGAGCUAUAAGCAGAUCUCCAUGCUGGAGGACGAUCUGGUCCAAACGCGCGGCAUAAAGGAGCAGCUGCACAAAUAUGUCAGGGAGCUGGAGCAGGCCAACGAUGACCUGGAAAGAGCCAAGAGGGCCACGAUCACAUCUCUGGAGGACUUUGAACAGCGGUUAAACCAGGCCAUAGAGCGAAACGCCUUCCUAGAAAGUGAACUGGACGAGAAGGAGUCACUGCUUGUCUCGGUGCAAAGACUUAAAGAUGAAGCAAGAGAUUUGAGACAGGAGUUGGCUGUACGAGAGAGGACGUCAGAUGUUAGGAUGUCGGCUCCCAGCUCGCCCACUUUAGACAUUGAUAAGACCGACUCGGCUGUGCAAGCCUCACUGUCCCUACCUGCUACACCUGUGGGGAAGAAUAUAGAGCAUCCUUUUAUCGGUCAGAAAGCAUUAACCAAUGGCUGUGGAAACUCCUCCCUCACACCAUCCGCACGCAUCUCGGCCCUUAACAUCGUCAGUGACCUUCUACGGAAAGUCGGCGCUCUGGAGUCAAAAUUAGCUGCUUGUAGGAACUUUGCCAAAGAUCAGGCAGCAAGGAAGAACUACGCCACUGGAAAUGGAAACCUCAUGAAUAGCAACGCAACCAAGUUCUCGCAUUCUCUCCACACUACGUAUUUCGACAAAACGAAUAUGAACGGACUUGACCCCGGCGCCCUGACCACCCUGGCUUCCCCGCGGACCAUGUCUCCUCCCGGCAUGCUCCCGCUCAGCGUGUGAGAGACGUUUCUAGCUACCUCCACACAAUCCCGACACAUUAUGGAAACAGAGAGGACACUUGAAAGAGUGUGUAUGUGUGCGCGAGUAUGUGUGUGGUGUGAGAGAGAGAGAGAAUGCAGAGAAUGCCGUGCCUCCAGCGUGUCUGACAGAUGCAUGUCAGGUGCGAGGGUCCGUUCCUGUAACCGUGUGGUUCAGCUGAUCUCCGUUCUGCAGAUCAGCAUUUCUCGGUUUUAUCCUCACUUGAAGCCAGCAAAAUGACACAGGUCUGCUUCAGACCACAGCUUCUGCGCGAGUGGUUUUUAGUGUGUUGCACAAUGAAGAUGAACGAAAAAGGGAUUUGGUUUAAGGGAAACAUCACUGUAUGUUUAACAAUGCAAAUGAUUGUUUGUGUGUUGUAUGUGUAUAUUUGAGGCAUGAAGGGAGAUCCCUCAUCCUUGAUUUACUGGAUUAGAGAUUCACCUUUAUUCAGGCACAGUACUCGGUUGUAAUAUGGAGGGCGGGAUAAUGCUGGAGUUAGAUAAUGGUAAAUGGCAUAAAAACAUCAAUCAUCUUUAACAGAGCUAUUAUGAAUAAAUAAACAACUGGGUUGGUUUGUUUUAGGGCUUCCGCUUUGUCCAAUCCAAGUUUCCAAGACCGAUCUACGGUAUUUCUGCUAAGCUGCACUUUCAUAGUUGCAACGGUUUUGAUGACAUCACCUUCCAUUGACCGAACCACUAAUACUGUUUUAUUUGUUGAACUGUACUAAAUCAGCAUCUGUGCAAUGUGGUCAUGCUUGCACAAUUUGUCAGUGGUCAUAUGAACCUCAUUUCUAUCCCAUGUGCCUCUGAAUCUGCCUGUGAGUUUGAUAUUCACUCUUUAUUUAUUUCACAUGAAAUGGAAGCAGACUUGUGUUUUUCCACAGUGUUUAAGUUCAGUAUAUUUACGUUGUAUUUUAAGAGCACUUGCUGGAGUUCAUUUACAUUUGAUUUCACAGUUAUCAUGCACUUUUUGUUAUGUUUAUUAUUAUGUAUAUAGAUCUGCAUUGCCCAGUCUGUACAGUAGAUACCUAAAUCGGGUCAAUGAGCCAUUUAAUUUAUUUCAGAGUCUUUAUGGCAUGUUUUGACAAGGAGUGACUUUUACAUACUGUGCUUUGGUUUAAAAUCAUAUAUCGAGAUGUAAAAUCGGUUGUCUGAUAUGUGCAAAUAAAUAAAAGGAAAAAGUGUGAAGUUAAA